UUGCCCUGCAUGUGUCCUGGUGUGCGGCAAACCCCCUUACUUACAAUUCAUGGGAAAGACCGGGAGUUUGUGGUCUGUGGGGACGGUCAAAGACUCACAAUGGAGGUUCUGAAACUGUUAGUCUGCAGAAUAAUGCUUUCCUAAGAAACCUGCAGUUAAAACAUCACAUGACGACACAAACUAAAGAAUGCUCAGAGCUCUAGAAAUUAUUCAGAGAUUAUUUUUUUGCUUCUCACUUCAGCUCUGGGCUUUCCUUCUGUUUUGGAGGAUUCUCUAACGUCUAAACCUCUAAAUCUUCUGCUGAAACUUGUUGCUGAAUUCCCCUCAGGAUGCUGAGAAUUGAGAUUGAGAGAUGAUGAAAAGUACCGUCAUCCCUCUGCUGUCAAAGGGUCAUUUUUCUUUCUGCAUGGCUUCAAUGACCCCGUUGUUAAAAUGUCGAUGUGUGUGUGCGUUUGCGUGCAUGAGAGCCCUUUACAGCACAUUAUCUUGUAGUUGCUCCUCCACACAAGCACUCGUCACCAUGGUAACACCCAAGCAACAGCACGGCCUCUUCUCUCUCUCUGUCUGUCUUUUUAUCUUGGGAGCAAAUGCCUUUGGAACCACAUGAGGGGUCCUCUUUGUCUCUUCUCUGGAUGGACGAGGGUUCUGCAUCAACAAGGUUUGCUUUCUGUUUAGUGAGGAUAAGGUCCACAGGAAUUAAAGAAAUGUAAAGACAGGAUUAUUACACACAAACAAAACCUUUUGGUUAUUUUAUCCCAAUACUGUAGCUGAGAUCUUUGAACAAAAGCAUAGACAGAUAUCCUAAAAGCCCUUCCAUAAUAAGACCUGCUGGAUGUGGGACCUUAACCGGAUCAGAAAAGAGAAAUAGCAUGGAACUUUUGCAGCAUCUUCCCGUCUGUCCAGCCUGCCGUCAAGAAUGCGACACCGUCCUGAUUUUGCCAUGCUCUCACACCAUGUGUAGCAGGUGUGUGGCAGCUGGAGGACCAACAGGAUCGUGCUGCCGUGAAGCUCUGCUCUCUGUCUGCUCCAUUCUAUGCCCCUGCUGUAGACGCUAUGUGGAGCUGCCGUGCUGGAGCUGGGGAUGUGCCACUUCCUGUCUUCCUAAACAUCCUUCAUUAAGGUCUGAGCAUGUCAGCAGACAGAUGGGCUUCUCAGAUGACUCACCUGAAGAUUGCCCUCACAAUGCAAAGGAAGGUGCAUCCCACGCCCGCUCCGAUUUCUAUCCGUUAAAAUCCACAUCUGUGGUGGAGUCUGGAAAACAGUCCUCAAUUGCCAAUUCCGCGGAGACGACACUAGAUGGCGCUGUAGAGCUGCAGGAGAAGGAAAUGGAGCAGUCCGUCUUUGGCCUGUUUUUCUCUUUGGACCCUUCAUGUGUGCCUCCAUCCCUCCACCUCUCCAGUUCCUGCCUCACAGUGAGCCACCACGGAGACAGUCUUCUGCAGGGCCGCACGCGCCUCGGCCAGGUGUGCUCUGAUGUUGCGAUCGCACGCGGACAGUACUACUGGGAGGUGGACGUGUGCAACAGCUCCAUCUACCGGCUCGGGGUCUGCUCAUUGGAUGGUUGUAGCGGCUGGUGGCUGCAAAGGAAUGGCGUGUGUUUCUCUGCGGUGUAUGAUGGAUGUGACGAGCCAGUUUAUUCUGUCCCACCAGGGAUCAAAACCAUAGGAGUCUUCCUCAACCUGGGAGGGGGAAUCCUGAGCUUCCAUAACCCCUUGACCCAGGAGCAUCUCGCCACACUGCCCACUCGUUUUCAGCCUCCUGGAGUGCGACCAGCUUUAGGUCUUGGGGAGGGCAGGCUGAAAGUGCGCUGUGGACUUUCGCCUCCCCCUCAUGUGUUUCUAUGUAAAGACUCAGCCUACAGGGCAUCUUCUGCACCCAGCGGAGGUUGGUGGUGCAAAGAUGUCCCCUUCUUGCUGGUGAAGAGAGCAGUUCGAAAGUUUGAGAACUUGGCCCUGCGUGACUCCAGCUCGAGCCAGAUUCCCCGUUUUGAAGUGGAGCGACGAACAAAAAGGAAAGUAAAAUCGAAUGAGAAGAGCUUGUAAAAGUUCCUUUCUAAUGGAACCCGGGAUCCCGCCCACAGCUCCAAGCGGUUUGAUCUUCUGCUGUCAUUUAAAGGCUAAUUUUUCAACUUGAAAGACUUCAGUGGCCUAUUUCCACUCUCUGCUUGAACCCGGACCUGCAAUUGACUCUCUCCCCAAGACGCAGCUUCUUCUCACAGCUGAAGGACCCCCACUGGUCUGAGCUUAAGCCAGAGCGGACCCUUGGCCAAGUGGAGUGUAGGCAGAGGGUGGGCUUUUGGCAGUGGGACUUCACCGUGUGACAGUUGUUGGACAGUAGGGGGUCUGCACCGUAGAAAAAACAACUUUCUCCAUGUGGAUGUGCAGGCUCCUCCUCCCUCGUGCAUUUUGGUGCUUGAGUGAGGAAACAAGGGGUGAGAUGGCGAGGUCCGUGCACAGCAACGCCGGCCGGCGCUGUUGACACAGGAGGAACAGGUGGCAGCACACAACUAUCCCGCGGCCUUUCUUCGAUACUACAGUUGCGCUGGCCUUUUUGACCCCUGGGAAACCGCAGGGCUCUCGGGGACUUCAAACAAGUGGGAGAGGGCAGAAGAACAGAGGGAGAAAGAGAAAACAGCAUGCACGACAGCGGGUGAUGAAUGGGAAAAAAUGAAUAGAGGGAUUCCUCCCAGCUUUCAUGCCAAGUAGCUGCUUUGGCUCAGACUGAAUUCACUUUAAGUCUCAUUGAAAAGCCUCAAAAGAAGGAAAACACAGUAAAUCAGAUGAUUAGACCAAUCAUUUUUAUGGUGCUUAGUAGAAAUGCAAGUUUGACACCAAUAACUGGAACAGAGGCACCAGGAAAAAAUGUGUAACCGGAAUGAAAGACUUGGUGACAGAUCAGGGGAGCCAACAGAGUGGCGGGGACAUGAUCAGACUUGAUCUUAAGCACUUUAUGAGAGUGAAAGCCGUUGACUCAGUGAGUUGAGACUCCUUUGUUUCCCCGCAGAGGUGUUUGAACAUGGCAGCAGAGUGGGACGUUGGAGUUCAUUUAACCUCCUUUGAGUACAUAUGACCCCGAGACCUGUCAGUCUGGAGAAAACAGAAAAGCCCAGCAGAACAAGCCCUCAAACAGAGGAAAAAUAAACGUGUUUAGGACUAA